AUGGAUGGUGUACUAGAGCUUGGAACAACUGAUCUAAUUUUGGAGGAUCCUGCCAUCAGAGAGAAGAUCACAAGUUCUCUCUGGGAGCUACCAAAUCCGAUUUGCUCUGAGCAAUCUAUAUCCGGUCGUCGAAUGGCUGAGAACGACGAAGAUCAUUUAUGCCCUAAUCUUGAUAAUAACAUAGAUGACUGUCUCGACUUGGAGGACCAGAAUCUGAUCGUUGAUCCUCAAACCCAAUUGGGCAAUGGUCCAACACACAUUCCAUUUCAUUUGUAUGCCCCUAUCGAACAAACAGAACCAGUCCGAUGCAGGGUCGAGGAGCUACAUACAAGCAUACGUGAAGAACUAAUUGUAGGUUCUUCAGAUGGCAGUUUAAAUGAUGGCUGCUCCACGCAAAAGGUAGAAGAUGCAUUUGGAGUUGAUGGGCUAAAUGACAUAUCUCAGACUCAGAGUAGGCAGUUUAUAGAUGAUGAGUUCAGCAAUGUCCUACAUGGCUAUUUGGAUUCUGAUGGGCAUGAACCGAUGUCUUUUGUUCAUGUUCAGAGAGUUGUCUCUGGCACUGUGGGAGAAAGAAAAAACAACCAGAUUGUUGACGGUGUUCAACAGAGAAGCCUUAGCAGGAUAGUUCCACUGGAUCUUGAUGGUGAUGAUUCACAGUCUGCAGAGGCAGUUGCUGUCAUUUUACAGAAUUCAAAACAUGUAAAACCAGUUUCAAGCUACCCGAAGAUUUCUCAUAAAUCCAGUUUUGCAAUCUGGAGAAAUGAUAUGAACCCACCAAAACCAUUCACUAGCAUGUCUCAGAAGCUGUUAAAGAAACUUCUAGUGGAUAUAACAUGGUUGCGUCAUGUCUUAUCAGAGAGGAGGAGAAGAGAGAAGUUGAAGGAGAAAUUUCUUGUUUUGAGAUCACUUAUUCCGUCUAUCAGCAAGGUCGACAAGGCAUCCGUCCUUGGUAACACCAUAGAUUAUCUGAAAGAUCUUAAGAGAAGACUGCUGGAGUUGGAAUCCUGCCAGGAUUCAGCGGAGCUUGAGAUUGCGGAGAGCAGGAAGCAUCCUGAUGUAGCAAAGCGAUCAUCUGACAAUUACAGGAACAAAGAGAUCGUGAAUGGCGAGAAUUCUUUAGCAAAGAAGCGGAAAGUAUCUGACGUCGAUAGAUCAAAUGCCGAGCACCUCUGGAUCUCGACCAAGGAUAGACCAAUCGAGGUAAACGUCACCUUGAAGGACAAAGAGGUUUUGGUAGAGAUGCACUGUCCAUGGAGGGAAAGCUUGGUGUUCGAGAUAGUGGAAUCUAUAAGCAACCUCCAUUUGGAUCUGCUCUCGGUGCAAUCUUCCACUGUCGAUGGCAUGCUUUCCCUGGCAAUAAAAUCCAAGUUUAGAAGCACCAGUGUUGCCUCACCAGGAAUGAUAAAGCAAUCACUUCAAAGAGUGAUGGGAUUAUUAUAGCUGGUGGCAUCCUCUUCCCUAAUGACAGCAGGUCGUUGAGCCCUUACGGAUCUUUCUUCAAG